UUGCGCAGUGCGAGUUUGCAAAACGUAUUUUGUUGUUGUGUUGUGUUCGAGGGAAUCCAAUAACUAUACUAUGGGAUAUAUGGCACCGCUUGGCACGCGAAUAUAAACCGAAUAAAUUCGAAUAAGCGGAAUUCAAAAGCGAAAACCACUCGAAAAGCGGCGGUCGAGAGAGAGUGACCAGUGAAUAUCGAACCACCAUUGUUAUUAUUAUUAUUAUUUUAUCAUUUUUUUUUUAACCGCUGUGCGGGAGUGGAAGUGCGUGGUGUGAUACUAAAGUGAGAGAAAGAAGUGAUUGAGAAGAAAAAGAAGAAAAACGGGGGGCAAUGACAACGUCGACAAUUAAGCCAACGGGCGGCGAGGAAGUGCCGCCGGCGGGGGUGAAGGGCGGCGUGGGCGGCAUGGGCGGCGUCGGCGAUGUGGGAGUGGCCGCCAGCCUGUCGAAACGGGACUCCGAGGAGGAUACAUGGGCCUCCAAGGGGUAUAACUACAUAAAUCCGUUUGUCCAUCGCAUCGAAAUCGACAGUCACAUUGAGGUGGCCAAGAUCUAUGUGCUGACAGUGCUGCUGCUGCCCAUCCGCGUGGUGGGCUGCGUCCUCUCCCUGAUCUCCGCCUGGAUGUUUGCCUGCAUUGGACUCUAUGGAAUGACGCUGGAUGAUCUCAAGGAGAAACCCCUCACCGGCUGGCGGAAACAAAUGCAAUGCAUGACGGCCUGCGGAAUGCGCAUGGUCUACACCUUCGGUUCGUUCCACUAUGUGACCAUGAAGGGUCGAGCGGCGACGCCGAAGGAGGCACCCAUUCUGGUGGUGGCGCCGCACUCCUCCUACGUGGACUCCAUCCUGGUCGUGGCCAGUGGCCCGCCCUCGAUAGUGGCCAAGCGGGAGACGGCGGACAUUCCGCUGCUCGGGAGGAUCAUCAACUAUGCCCAGCCCAUCUAUGUGCAGCGCGAGGAUCCCAAUUCGCGACAGAACACCAUCAGGGACAUUGUGGACCGGGCUCGCUCCACGGACGACUGGCCACAGGUGGUCAUCUUCGCCGAGGGCACCUGCACCAAUCGCACCGCCCUGAUCAAGUUCAAGCCGGGUGCAUUCUAUCCCGGAGUGCCCGUGCAGCCGGUGCUCCUCAAGUAUCCGAACAAGUAUGACACCUUCACUUGGACCUGGGACGGACCGGGAGUGCUACGACUUCUCUGGCUGACGAUGACGCAGUUCUAUAACCGCUGCGAGAUCGAGUAUCUGCCCGUCUACACGCCGUCGGAGGACGAGGUGGCCGAUGCCAAUCUGUAUGCCAACAAUGUGCGCGAGGUGAUGGCCAAGGCCCUGGGAGUACCCACCUCGGACUAUUCCUUCGAGGACGUUAUCGUGAUGAGUCGGGCCCGCGACAUGAAGAUCCCCUUUCCCGGCGACAUCGUGGAGAUCGAGCGCACGAUCGAGAAGCUGGGCCUGAUCGAGAGCCAGCGGGACGCGGAGCUGUGCAAGGGCUUCCUCCGGCUGUCCAACACGGACAGGCUGGACAUCAUCACGUUUGGGGAGCUGCUCCAGGUGGAUCUGAAGAAUACCAAUCUGCACAAGCUCUUCGCCCUGCUUGAUCACCGCCGCAUGGGCACUGUGAGUUUGAAGAGCUUCCUGCUCUGCUCCCUCUUCUGCAAACUGAAGAAUUCCGAUCUUUUGACCUUCCUGCGGGCCCUGAUCCAUCUGUAUAGCGAAUCUAGUCAGCAAAUUGACAGGGAAAGCUUUGUGCGAUUAAUGAGACAUGCUGGCGGCAAGCUAAAUGAACAAAAAGCCCAGGCGCUCUUCUAUGCGCUGGAUACGGACAACCUGGGCUAUGUCUCCUUUGAUGCCUUUGUUGAGCACACGGAAAAGCAAAAGUCAAGCUAUAAAUUCCUCUAUCACAAAUCGGAGCACAUAAGGCGACCGAAGGCAGUCACAACGCCCGCCAACUGAAGAGGGAGCACCGAUUUUUUUGGAGGAUUCUGGAAGACGCGAGGAGUAGUAACCAAGAGAAAAAGAACCUACACCUAAACCUAAACCAACCUAAGCAGAAAGUUCAACUGUCGAGUGUAUAUUUUUAAUAUUUAUUUAUCGUGUAGCGCGUGUCCUGGCACCCCCCAUAUAUUGUAAUUAAUAUUAUUUCUAUUAUUAUUACCAUAGUUUCGUUUUGUGAACAACAUUGCUCACAGCACCGAGAUCCGGAUCUUAUUGCGCCCAGCUUUGUUAUUAUUUAUACUCGGACUCUAAACGCAAGUCAUUUCAUCUUUGUGAUUCUUAUUAUACACACUUACGUUAUAUAUACACUUAAAUAUUAAAGCAUAUAUAAAGAAGUAUGUAUCUUAUGUAGAGGCAGGCAAGGCAUGAAUAUUUCCCAUAUUUCCAUGGCCAAAAAAAGAGAAACCACAAAGAAUUGUAUGGCAAGCCAUAGGUAUAAGAUAUAACAGCAGACCCAGCCAAUGAAGCUCUCCUCCGAUCCCAUUCACUGAACACCUAGCCACCAAGACCACAAAGAACAAUGGAACUGCGAUCGAAAUCGAUCAUAACCACCACUAACUAACCGACUAACCAAGCAAAACUGAACAACCACCAAGCACACUAAAUGCAAACGUAUUGUAAAACCAAUUGUAAUCGUUAAUUGAUCAAGGAAGAUUUAUUUUAUAGAGCAUCUAAAAUUGCCCAAUCUCAAGUAAAUUUAUAAGAAAUUUCUGAUUACUUAGGAAAAUAUUUCCAUUACUUUUUAAUUUGAUGAUUGUUUAAUUUUUGGACUCAUUCUAGAUCAUUCUUCUAACUGUUUUGCAUAAGUUAAUUUUGCUGAAUUUGAAUUUAAGGAUCUCUGAUCCAUAGUUCCUCAGAGCAAAUGUUAAGUCAUUUGGUUAUCGAACAUUUCUUGUGCAUUUUGUAACCUACACGGCAAACUUAUCUAGACUUUACACCAGCACUUGGCACGGAGAGCAGAGAUCUAUGUAGAGCACAGCCUGUACUUAAGUCACAACACCUUGGGCACACACCCCACACUUCACAAAAACAGAGUCUGUUCUAUAUAUGUUAUUGAAAACACACACACACACACACCAGUAAUUGUAAAGAAAAAUCUGCAAUGGGAAAGCGAAAACAGGAUAACUCCUCUGUAGUUUUUACAUUUUGAGAAGAACUAACCCUAAGCUAAACGAUCUAAUUUAUGUGCUAUUGUAAUAGAUAUUAUUAGCGCCCUAAGCCAGCACCGAAAACCGAGAGCAAACCCAAAUCGGCUGAGAAAUCUGCUCAAAAAAAAAAUAUAUGUGUGUGUACGAUUUUAAA